AACAAGGGCGGGGGAGGGACCCCAAAGGAAGCCGGGCCCAGGGCCCUGCAGUCCGGUCUCCGGCUCGGGCCUCAGCCCAGCGCAGGGACCCGGCAGAGCGGCGAGGUCGAGGGUCGGCGGCGCCCAUGGCUGACGCGCUGGAGCCGGAGCCCGGGGCGGCCGGAGCCGUGGAAACGCCGGGCUGGACGGCGCCCCUGGACGCUGGCCCCCAGCCCGGGGGUUACGAGCUCCGACGCUACGGCCCAGCCAGGUGGGUCAGCACCCGCGUGGAGUCUGCGGACUGGGACUCCGCCGUCCACACCGGCUUUACCAGGCUGAGCAGCUACGCCCACGGCAGAAACGAGACAGAGACGAAAAUAAAGAUGACAGCUCCCGUGACGACCUGCGUGGAGCCCGGGGCAGGUCCCUUUAGCCAGCCUACCGUCACCGUCUCCCUGUAUGUGCCCUCAGAACAGCAACUUGAUCCGCCCAGGCCCUCGGAGUCAGAUGUCUUCAUUGAAGACAGAGCCGAGAUGACGGUGUUUGCAUGGUCUUUCGACGGAUUCUCUAGUGCCCAGAAGAAUCAAGAACAACUGUUGACGUUGGCAAGCAUUUUGAGGGAAGAAGGACAAGUUUUCGAUGAAAAGGUUUAUUACACUGCAGGCUACAGCAGUCCUUUCAAAUUGCUUAACAGAAACAACGAAGUGUGGUUGAUUCAGAAAAAUGAACCCUCCAAAGAAAAGGAAUGAGAAAUGAGAGGAAGCUCCAUUGCCAGGGGCAAAGCUUCUGUUUACUGGAGACGCAGCACCACCUAUAAGUAACCCAUGUGUCUGCCAUCUCUGCCUGAGGGUCCUCCUGUGACUGAGCUUAUCCCCAAUGUGCCUCUUCAGUGCUUGAAGCUUCAUCAGACACGCAGAUCAGGUAGCAGGGGGCAGCAUUCUACACGCCCGUGAAUGGGACACCACGCUCUGCAGAUCUUGAUGUCCCCGAGGCUCCAUGUGGAGUUACUCCCCCUCUUCACUGUAUCACAAUCACAUUGCCUUUCUCUACUUGGAUGUGGGUCACUUGAUGUCAUCCCCUCCAGAUAUUGUCAAUAAAAAUGUUAAAGAUUUAUCCCGGGUGGAACCACUAGGCUGUCAGCCUGGAGAGGUGACAGUCAGUUGGACACAAAAGUGGAAUUGUUUUCUGCAGCUGCCACUGUUGCGUUCUCUGUUGAGUCCUAAUCCUCCUUGGCCCCCGGCCCCCACCACCCAAGAAAAUUCUCACAAUUCCCAAAAGUGUUGAUAAUAUUUUGUGACAAAGAAUAAAUUUAUGAAGUUAG